AUGUGGAAGACUUGCUCAGAACUGUGUAGACCAGAGGCUGUCAAAAUUCUAGCUAGAUCCGACAUUAUUGGACAUGGGGGUCUUAACCAACUAGGCGGGAUGUUUGUGAAUGGGCGGCCGCUCCCGGAGGUGAUCCGCCAGCGCAUCGUGGACAUGGCCCACCAGGGCGUGCGCCCCUGUGACAUCUCCCGCCAGCUUAGGGUCAGCCAUGGCUGUGUCAGCAAGAUCCUGGGCCGGUACUACGAGACAGGCAGCAUCAAGCCAGGGGUGAUUGGUGGCUCCAAGCCCAAGGUGGCUACACCCAAGGUGGUGGAAAAGAUCGCAGAGUACAAACGGCAGAAUCCCACCAUGUUCGCCUGGGAGAUCCGCGACCGGCUGCUGGCCGAGGGGGUGUGUGACAGCGACACCGUGCCCAGCGUCAGCUCCAUCAACAGGAUCAUCCGGACCAAAGUUCAGCAGCCGUUCAACUUGCCUCUGGAUGCCAAAGGGCUCAGCCCAGGACACACACUCAUCCCCAGCUCAGCUGUGACUCCGCCUGAGUCUCCACAGUCCGAUUCUCUGGGUUCCACCUACACCAUCAGUGGGCUGCUGGGUAUCACACAGGCCAGUGCUGAUGGAAAGAGGAAACACGAUGACAGUGAUCAGGAGAGCUGCCGGCACAGUGUGGACUCCCAGGGGAGUGGCGGCGGCCCCCGGAAGCAGCUUCGACCCGAGCACUUCGCUCCCCAGCACCUGGACAGCCAGGACUGCGGCUUUGAGCGGCACCACUACGGUCCCGAGGCUUUUGCGUCUCCCAGCCACAGCAAGGCAGAGCAGGCUCUGUAUCCUCUGUCACUCAUUAAUGGAAGCCUAGAGGAUGGGAAGACCAGCCUCUCAACAUCGAGCUCUGCCAUUGGACGGAAUCUGACUUCACAUCAGGGCUACUCUGUGGUAGCAGACCCCCUACAGCCCCUCCCACUUUGUCUGAAGCAGGAAAUGUCACCUGAAGAGACCAGUGCUGGGUCCUCCCCCAAUGUUAUGCCCAGCUCUGCUUUCCUGGACCUGCAGUCAAUCCCAGCUCCUGCCUCUGUCAGUAGCAGUGGCGGAUGCUCCACUCAUCUCUCUCAUGCCUUCAGCUCAUUGUCCCAUCAUGGUCCAGUGUACAGCCAGUUCAGCAGCCAGUCUCUCAUAGCAGGGCGGGAUAUGGUGAGCUCAACACUUCCUGGCUACCCCCCUCACAUUCCUGGCAGUGGUCAGACAGGCUUCACCUCUUCUGCCAUCACCAGCAUGGUGGCAGGCACAGAUUACUCUGCCCAGGCCUACACUCACUCUCCCUACUCCUCCUACAGUGAGGCAUGGAGGUUCACAAACUCUGGCAUUUUGGGUUCACCCUAUUAUUACAGCUCUGCAUCCCGCACAGCUCCCCCAUCCACAGCUGCUUAUGACCACCUUUAG